UAGUUUUUUGCUAAACAAAAUAACAAAAGGUUAAAUUUGCACGUUCCGUAGUUCCUUUUUCGGCUGGCCUCCUCCGGCCUUGGGUGCAACUGGUAAUUCACGUGUGCGUGCGCGUCCGGCCAUCCCCCGUUCCCUGGGCCAGCUGAGGCGCAACGUAAAUCCCCAGGGGAACUGGUGGCCGAAUAUGUGAGGCUAGCAGGCAGUCGCGUGUGUUGUGUAUAUGUGGUGACCCAGCAUCGCGAACACAAGGACACAUUCCCGAAGCGAAGUGGUUGUUACACCACCCUGUCCGGGGGGGGGGGACAAGGGCGUAGAAGCUUCCGUUCGCCGCCGUGUGCGUGUGUUUGUGUCUGUUUGUUCGCUCGUUCGCGACAGGGCGUGUGCGAAGUGGCCUUCCGGGCUUACCGUUCUUAAUGAUUGGCCCCACACCGACGGCUCGUCGCACCGAUUGCGCGCCCGACUGCACGGCCGAUCCUUUUUCGGUGCGCUGCGCGUACAUUGGUUGUGACUGGUUGGGCGAUCUUUUCUAACAUCCUUCCUCUCAGCUCGUCGCCGCCCAGGCACGUACCCAGCAACGCACACCCCUCAUCUUUGCCCCUAUUAACACACCACACACACACACACACACACACAUUCAAAAGCACAGGAAGAGGCGCGGUAGACACGGUAGAAGAUUAGCAAGUGUUACGUUCGGCAAGCCAUCCCCUCCUCCGCACUUGCUUACAACCUCGCAACCUUCGGCCUCCCUUUCCACUUUCUCGCUGACACGGUGCAAGCAAUGAACAGCAGCUUCCCAGCGGCAAUACAGUACUCAAACGAUGGUGGCCACCGUAGCAAGGCGACGAGCGCAACCCACAACAACAACGGCUCAUGCGUGAACGAUGCGCACGGCAGCGAUGAGGACGAGGAGCACGCGCACGGGCAGGAUCGGUUCGCGUUUGCCUGCGAUGAGCCGUCGCCGGACGGUGGGUUGCAGCCGUCCGACAGCCUGGAGGACGACCUGGAGGAGGUGUACAGGACGUGCAACACGCAGUCGGCGGUGGAGUGGAUCAACGACGACGAUGAGCUGGAGCGGCUCGAUCUGCCGCUCGAAUCGCUCGACCCUACCGGUGGUGGCACGGUCUUUAACCGGGUGGACAGCUCGGACAUCAUCUACCAGGAGAAGAAGAAAAAGUGCAAGCUGGUCGGCAAGUACGUGAUGGGGGACGUGCUUGGCGAGGGAAGCUACGGCAAGGUGAAGGAGGUGCUCGAUUCCGAAACGCUUAAUCGACGGGCGGUGAAGAUACUCACCAAACGCAAACUACGACGCAUUCCAAAUGGCGAGCAGAAUGUGCGGAGCGAGAUCAAGCUGCUGCGCAAGCUGCAGCACCGGAAUGUGAUCGAGCUGCUGGACGUGCUGUACAACGAGCAGAAGCAGAAGAUGUACCUCAUCAUGGAGUACUGCGUCGGGGGGCUGCAGGAGAUGCUGGACUCGGUGCCGGACAAGCGGCUACCGAUACACCAGGCGCACGACUACUUCGUCCAGCUGCUGGACGGGCUGGAGUAUCUGCACGGUCGCGGCAUCAUACACAAGGACAUUAAGCCGGGCAAUCUGCUGCUAACGCUGGACCACACGCUGAAGAUUUCCGACUUUGGUGUGGCGGAGGCACUGGACACUUUCGCACCCACGGACGAAUGCACGACCGGGCAAGGUUCGCCCGCCUUUCAGCCGCCGGAAAUUGCAAACGGACACGAGGUAUUCUCAGGAUUUAAAGUUGAUAUCUGGAGCACGGGCGUUACACUGUACAAUAUAACUACCGGAUUGUAUCCGUUCGAAGGUGAUAAUAUUUAUAAACUGUUAGAAAACAUAGGCAAAUGUGAAUGGAAUCCGCCGGAAUGGUUAGAGCCGCGGCUGGCCGACUUGCUCGUGAACAUACUGCAGGCGGAUCCCCGAAGACGCUUCACCCUGCAGCAGAUCCGGCACCAUGAAUGGUUCCAGUUUGCACCGGAUGCGACCAGCCCCCUCGUACCGAUACCACCGUUGAAAGGCGAUUGGAAUAGAUGUUCCACCGUGCUGCCUUACCUGAUAGCUCAUCACUAUGGAAACGAUCGUGACAUGCCGUACUACACCGAGCACGACAUUAAUGAAAUGGCACGGCAACAGUACGAUUCGUACACGGAGGGUGGACUGUACGACCGUGCCUACCUGCCCGCACCGACCAUGGACUCCCUGUCGUUUCACACCGACGACCAGGGCAGCGAGACGGGCCUAAGGCGUGCCUACUACAACCAGCCGAACAGUGGCAGCGGUCGUUCGACGGUCGAGAAGCGUCCGUCCCGCAGCUUCUCGCUGUCGCCGAAGCCGAGCAUCCGGCACAUGAUCGGCACCAGCUGCCCGGCCACGACGGCCAACAGCAGCAGCAGCAGCGGCAAGCGGCGCUCGCGCAAAACUGUAUCGUGCAUAUCUUGGCGCAAGUGGCCCCAUUGCCGGCAGUCCUGAAUACCAACCCCCCCCCCCCCCCCCGCGCCCCGAGGGGUUGGUGGUGUGUGGUAAGCGGUAGUGGAUAGAUGCUGUAUAUGUUGUUGUUCAUUCUGUUCGUAUCAUUACUAAGAUUUACUUUUGAAUAAUCUAAGCCGGUGGUAAACCAGGACGACAAACCUCAGAUGAGCCGAGACGCGACGCGGCAGGAUCGGAAGAGCAAAAAAUUAAAAGUGAAUCAAUGCAAGGAAUUAUUAUUUAAACUCAGGUUUCGUUAGGCAUCCGGGUGCGUGUGCAACCCAACGGUGCGCAGGAUGCCAUCACGCAGGGAGGUGUGCGCAGGGAGGAUUGUUUGCGAAGCGUAAUGAUGCGUGAAGUUGCCGGUCACGUUUCAAGUAGCUAGUGUAUUUUUUGAAUUCCGCAGUCAAACAAAAAAUCUCCCAACUACAAUUAAUGCAUCAUUUUGCGUUUUUAAGCUGUGUAUAGUAGUUAGGCUGCAAAGCGGUAGAUCUUUGCAUCAGUUUCCCGUUUAAAUUCCUACCCUCGAGCGUGUCCUCGUACCAUCCGCAAGUCGCAUGUGCUCGCAACAGUGUGCUUAGGAUGGUCAUGGAUGCGUUAAAGUGUAUUACGAUUUUCUUUCGGUUCCCUUUUCUCCAAUUCUAUAUUACAACCAAAGCGAUUCAGCAAUCUAUUAUUGCUUCACUGCAGGUGUAAAGUUGUACAGUUUGCUUUGCCAAUAGCUGCUGUACCACAGCGAUUGUGUCUUGCCUUUUGCGAUGGGGUUGGCACGGUGGUGCUGCGCACUGUCGGAUUCGUUUGCGUAUCAAUCAGGCGGCAUCUUGACGAUCGAUCCUCCCGCCGCUGGCCCACUCCACUGCUUGUGAUGUGGCAGUAGCAUACGCCCUCAGUUUCUCAGUCAUCUAUCAGAGAGCUAUUAUUAUAGAUAAUAAUAAUGGGAUAGGAAUGUUCGAGAAUGGCUGAACCGUUAACAGCGAUGUAAAUCGACCCGCGGUCGAAGUUUCCUAGUCACGGUAAGAAAUCAUUUCGGGUGGGUACGGCGCAACAAACAUGUUAUCUCGUAGAAAGUGAUUCUUAACUAAGGAAGUGUGAAGGAAAGGGGGAAAAGGGGAGAGGAGGGCCUAGUACAGUUUGUAAUUUAUGCGAAGUGAAUCGAUCAAAAAGCGUUACGCAUUUCGGUAGCAGCAUGCACUAUCGCAUUGCAUAUUGUGCAUCCAAAACCAGUCUUCCUUGCCAUAAUGAGCCACAGAGACAAACACACAAGCACGAGAAAAAGUAGAAAACGCCACGCAUGGGCUAAUUGCCUUACGUUAUUCUUGGUGGGCUUUACACGUCGGAUACGCCGGCGCGGAAAAUAUACAUUACAAAUUAAAGCGUUUCCUCCAGCAAGAGAGCCGGGCUCACUGUUAGCGCCAUGUAGAGCACGUGCUGUAAAGAUGCAUACACACAGACACAGAAAGCCUCAUUGCCAUAUAGCAAAAACCAGCAACAUGUUCGUAGUUUAGUUCGCAGUUGCAUAAACAGGACAGACUGGAUCGAUGCGUCCGGAAUUGAUGCGCCGUUAAGAGCAAGCAGAGCAAGCAAUUUGUUAAGCUUAAGCCUGCUUAAGCGACCCACAAACAAACACAUCCCCAAAACGUGGUGAGAUCACACACACACACGACACUAAUAGAGAGCGAGAGAGAGGACGAUAUAGUUUUUUUUAAAUAUAAAUUAUCAUUAAAGAAACAGAAUUGAAAAAUGUCUUGAAAAUAAAAACAAUCGUUUGCGUGUAAGAGAGAAAAUAGUUUGUCCACCGUAUUGCCGUUUGGUGUUUUAUGGCUUGUUUGCUAGUUGUGUGUGUUGGUUUGGUCCAUCUAGUUAACUAGGGGUUACAAGUCCUUUUCAAACAAGCUGUCAACGUCACAGCAGGCCAACGGAAGUCAAGGUAGUACAAAACAGCGUACCACACGCUCCCACCAUGGAGGCUAGCAGUGGCAGCAAAAUACGGCCGCUGGAACAGUUUGACAUUGAGGCCCGGAUAAAGAGCAUCCAGCGGAUAUGCACCGAGCUGGCGACCAGCGAGCGAUGGUGUGAGGAUAAACUGUGCAACAUAAGGCGAUUGCAUCGCACAAUGCUGGAAAUGAUGAAGGACGACGAUGUGACCAUACCGCCUGUGAUGAUGGUGGACCAUCCGGACGACGGUGAGUCGGAAGCAGUGGCGGUAAUGCGGCUACUGCAGCUGCUGCUUGAACAGAAGCGCUCUCUAGAGGAGAAAACCCAACGGCUGGAGGAAGCUAUUAGCGCGUUUAAGGAGCAGUUUGAAAAACUAUUUUAACGAUAGCGUAGUGGGGGGUCUUGUGGAAUUUGAUUGUUUUUUCUUUUGUUUUUAAAUACAUCCAAUAAUCUUCUUCUUGAUUUGGCACAACAA